GCAGACGGGAGCGGCAGCAGCGCGGAACAGCGCGGCACAGCGCCGCAUCACACCGACACGAGUGUUCCAGAGAGAGCCGAGGAACGCUGCGAUUCUUUGCUCUCUGCCCACGGACUAUUUACCACCAGAGGAUACGCAAUGCUCUGGAUUAUGUAGGAUUCGAAGGUUUCUUUUAGAGUCUCGGAUUUUUUUUUUGUUCUUGUUUCCUACUUUUACUGGAUUGCCUGCAAACUGGGAGCCUGUAUUGCCGCCGGCGGAGCCCCGUUCAUCUGUCGCCUACCGAGGAAGGGAACUUUAGUGGAACUACCAGUCACCCGAAAGGAACACACGGUGUGACAACAUUUGGCCGGACAACACUUUGAUCAUGAGUGAACAGAGUAUCUGCCAGGCACGAGCUGCCGUCAUGGUGUACGACGAUGGCAACAAGAAAUGGGUCCCAGCCGGGGGCUCUACGGGCUUCAGCCGGGUCCACAUCUACCACCACACUGGGAACAACGCCUUCCGCGUGGUUGGCCGUAAGAUCCAAGACCAUCAGGUGGUGAUAAACUGUGCCAUUCCCAAGGGGCUGAAGUACAAUCAGGCCACGCAGACCUUCCACCAGUGGAGAGACGCCCGGCAGGUCUAUGGCCUCAACUUUGGCAGCAAGGAGGACGCCAAUGUCUUUGCCAGUGCCAUGAUGCACGCCCUGGAGGUGCUCAACUCCCAGGACUCAGGCCCCACGUUGCCCCGGCAGGGCCCCCAGGUUCAGAAUGGCCCCUCCCCGGAGGAGAUGGACCUGCAAAGAAGGCAGCUUCAGGAGUUGCAGAGGCAGAAGGAGAUGGAACGAGAGCAUCAGGAGCUGGAGCGCCAAGAGAGGGAGCGCCAAGAGCAGGAGCGCCUAGAGCGAGAUGUGCUGGAGCGCGAGAGACAGGAACGUGAGCGUCAGGAACGUGAGCGUCAGGAACGUGAACGGCAGGAACGUGAGCGUCAGGAACGUGAGCGCCAGGAGUGUGAAGUGGAGCGGGAGGCUCAGGCAGAAAUGGAGCAUCAGGAGCAGCAGGAGCGCAGCGAGCGAGAGCUGCUGGAGAGGGAGAAGGCUGAGAGGGAGCACGAGCAGCUGGACAGAGAGCAGCAGGACUGGGAGAGAGGGAGACGCAUUUCCAACGCUGCCUUCGAAAGCACCCUGUACACCCCCACACCUCAGGCGUACAGCAGGACGUCCUCCAUGCCCGUAUCCCCUCCCUCACCUUCCUACCUGGCCCCUGGGUCACACUUGUCUUCCUCCACUACCCCGCCCACCCCCCCGUUAAGGCAUUCGGCGUCCCGGUUUGCCACCUCAUUGGGUUCUGCCUUCCACCCGGUCCUGCCCCACUACGCCACAGUGCCGAGGCGACAGCAAGUCCCACUUACUGCCCCCUCCCUACCCCCCCCGCCCAACUCUGUGGUGUGGUCAGCGAGCAACUUCACGCCACUGCCCCCCUCACCCCCUGUCAUGACAAGCAGCCCCCAAGGGAAGGCUGCAGGCCUCAGACCGCUAGUCCCAAUUGCUGCCCCCUCCCCUUUCACCCAGAAGCCCCCCUCACCGGCCCCCAACGGCCCGCCCAUGUUCCCUGCACCUUCUCCCGUGACCAUCCCACACAGCCACACUCCUAUUGGCAUCGCCUGCCCCACCCCGCCUCCCCCACCUACCCCGCCCCCUCUCCCCUCCCCCAUAGCUCCGUCUCCAUCCUCUUCCUUCGUCUUGUCUCCCCCCUCCUCAUCCCAGGCUCCUGGUGUGCCCUCUCCCUCCACAGCACCCCCUGCUGCAGCCGCCGCCACCUCUGCUGAGCUCUGCCCCCCCCCGGAGGGCCUUGGCCUGUCCAGGCCAGGGGAGUGGAACACCUCCACAGGCCAAGAGGGGGGGGGCUCGUCCUGUCCGCCCCAGGAUGUGGUCUGUUUACAGACCCCAGGGUUGACCACCCCCACGCCUCCACCACCUCCACCCCUGCCUCCCGGCUCCACUGUGACCUCCAACACCACCAUCCCAGCCGGCCACCCUCCCCCACCCCCACCCCCUCCACUGCCCCCUACAUUCACUCCAGGCGGGACCCCCUUUACUCCACCAGGUCCGCCUCCUCCUCCCGGACUCCCACUGCCUCCGCCGGCUCCCCCCCUCCCCGCCGGCCUGUUCUCUCCUGCAGAGGAGCGUCCUGUCUCAGGCCUGGCCGCCGCCCUCGCUGGAGCCAAGCUGCGCAAAGUGCCCAGGAGUGAUGAUGCAGCAGCCAUGUUGGGGGCUGGAGGGGCCGCAGGGGCCAAAUCUGAAGUCAGAGGCAACGGCCCUCUGUCUGCAGGAGGGGGGCUCAUGGAGGAGAUGAGCGCCCUGUUGGCCAGGAGGAGAAGAAUUGCAGAGAAGGGCUCGUCCCCUGAACCCGACCAGAGAUCAGAGGAAGGUGAGAUCAACACCACCCCUAAAGUGUCUGCCUGUAGCACACCAGACAUGCCCAGGAAGCCAUGGGACAGAACUAACACCAUGAAUGGUAGCAAAUCACCAGUUAUCGGAAGACCUAAGUCCACUCCCACACCCACUGCAUCCCUCAGUGCUAACGGUGUGCCCACAGAAGCUGUUGACUAUGACAGGUUGAAACAGGACAUUAUGGACGAGAUGAGGAAGGAGCUGUCAAAGCUAAAAGAAGAGCUCAUUGAUGCAAUCAGGGAGGAGCUGGGGAGGUCGAGCACGGCGUAGAGGAUAUACAUCUGUCUACAUCCCCCCCAACAGACAACCACGGUCAAUUUAACACAUGACUAUACAGAAGUUGAAAAUUAAAUCAACAACAAACAGUCAAGGUGACAAUAAUCCUUUAAUAGGGAGAGGACAUACUAUGGGGAAAGGGUAAUGGGGGUGUGGGGAAUCCAAUCUAUGAAGACUUAACGCCCCACCCUCCCCGCUGAGGCCUGGCAUCCUGGCAGAGAAGCCUUUGUCCAAUAAUAACACAGAUACUGUAUCAUCACAGCUCAGAACUCUGGGUAUUUUCUAUCAGAAGGUUUUAUGAAGAGAAAUGACAGAGUACGUGGGGAUUGAAAAUAAAACCUCUUUUGUAGAGGUAGCGUGCCUGAGUGUGUGUGAGUGUGCGCAUGUGUGUGUGUUUUUUGGGGGGUUGACUGACUCUGGUGGAUUCCACCACUGCAGGACACUGUAAAGCUUGUCUUCCUCAGAUAGUAUUUUAACCUGAAUAUGUACAAAAGAGAGAACAAGUUAUUUAGAAAAAAGCAUCUAUCAACCAUGAGUGAUUCAGUGCAGAACUAUGGCCAUAUGAAGUAGCUCAACACCCCCAGCUGUGGCAGGGUGCGGUGAGUCCCUGCAGAGUGCUGCUGGGCUGAUACCUGCCAUGUUAAGAUAGAAUUUUCACUUUCUGUUCAUUUUGAUUUAGAGAAUGUCAUAUUUACUCUGUUUGUGCAUGUAUGGUUGUUUUUGUUUAUGAGGGGAGGGUCACAAGUCUGCCACGUAAUUGCAUUACCUGUCACAAGUUAAAUUGCAAGCAAUAAGUGUAGCAUCUAUUUUAAGGCCCCCCCCCCUCCCCCAGUCCCAACACCAUUAUCAGUUCUCAAUGUCUUUGUGUAUUUUUGGCUUCUGACUUCUGAGCACUCAUAGGACAAGGUUACUGUGUGACACACCUCUUGUCAACUUUAUUGCAGAUAUUCUGUGAAAGUGAAGCUGACAACAUCAGAUAUCAAGGAAUAAUCACAAUACUCUCAUUUAAAGGUUAUUUUCUAUCCAGGGACACUUUAGCCACAUUGUAGCUCAACUGAUUUUUAUCCUUCAUUAUUAAUAUUAUUUACUGCAUUUAUGAAGUAAUAACUUUGGAAAGGUGACAAGACACCCCAGAUGUGUAAAGAAGGGGUCCAUAUGAUGACAUUAACGUGCCAUUUACUAAUCACUUGUUUCCCCUUUUUUCAAUCCUGCCAAUGACAAAUCGUAAAGAUGAGAAACUUAUUUCCCUGGGGUCUUACAUGAAUAAGGCUCUGUCACUUUAUAAAUACUUUGCUUUCACUAAAAGUACAAUCAAACUCAAAGGUACAUGUUGCCGGCUGAGAGACUAAUGUUCCAAUACUGUAGUAAGAUCACGUCCAGCUUACAUCUGGGGAAUCUUUAGCAAGUUGUAGAAUGAUACAUUUACAACAUGAAUUAUGGUGUUAUCUAUAUCAGUGAUGGUAACAGAGUAAUUGAACUCGUGAGAAGAUGGAGAGCUCACAAUGCAAUACAGUGUACAUGCUCAACCCACAGCACUGAUGUCACAGAUCUCUGACUUCAAGGGGCACUCCACUUGUUUGAUAUUAACCUUCUAUUUAGUUGGGAGACAACCACAAUCAUUUAAAAAAUGGAAUCAACAAAGACUAAAUAUUCUGACUUUUAGUCCUACACCUCCCAUAAUGCAACACCAUUGAUGAGAAGCAGCCUGGCUGACAAAUGUAAACAUCUCUCCAACUCCACCCUCUAUGUUUGGAAUACCACACUUCUGUCAACAAUGUGUGAUCUCCAGGCCUCUGUCAGGAGACCCCUGCAGCCUUUACAUCAAAAUGGUUAUUUUUCCCACAGUGGACAAAGUCUCUCAAAAGCACCACUGACAGUAAAGUGUUUCUGCAGUGUACAGUGGGCGGAGUGGCCCUUUAAAUGAUGUCAUACUGCUCCCGUGGAUAAGUGUCUGGCUGUAGGGUCUCACAAUGUCUUCAAGGGCUUAAUGUGUGAAGAUGAGGUCACAGAUGGGAGAAAAUCAUUUCCCCCAGUUCCUCAUUGGCUUUGGAUUAGCUGAACUGAUUGACAGAUAGUGUGAUGUUAGCAAGGGCAGGGUGAUGAGGGUCACUGAGAGAUUCCACAGCAUCCAAGGCAUGUUCAGAGGGAUCCAGCCGUGUGACUUGCUCACCGAAGGAUUCAGUAUCCAGCUCCAUACAAUCACUCUAAAAAAAGCCUUUCUUAUUGUCUAUAAUUGUGUCCAGGGAUCCAACAAACAGAAAGAUUUCUGUCACUAUAUUCAGUCCUUGGAAUGUGGCGGCAGGUAAAAAGAAAGUGAAGAUCUUUUUGAAGCUAUGUGGUUUGUGCCUUGUUCCGAAGUUGCAUUAAUAUGAAAAACGUAUAUAGAUAACUCAUAAUAAUAAUAAUAAUAAUAAUAAUAAUAAUAUCCAGGAGCUGUCAUAAGGGUCACAUGCAAUUAUUCUUUAGUUUGGCUUCAUUGUUUUUAUCAUGGCUGGGAGAACUAAAUGAUCUUGGUUCUGAUCCCUACCAAGAAAUAAUCUCCCAACAACAUCUUAUGUGUUGAGUUUUUUACGUAUGUGUGAUUAGUUUUUGUAUCGGAAAUAGGCUGCAUCCUAAAGCCUGUGAGGGGUAAAAAUGAGUGUGACUGCCGAGGUCAGUGAUGCCUUUUAAAUGUCAUAGAGACGUGGAGAUGUGUUCUGUCUUCUGCUGCUCCAUGUUGUUGUCAGCCUGGGAUGGAAACUUUUAUCUUUAUCCUUCCUGCCGAGGGAAAGAAUUUGAAGGGAUAAAUCUGGCAAACGCAAGUUUUAUGGAUGGCAACCUUUUCUUUAUUCAUCUGCUUCGUAUCAUACUGUUCUCAUGUUAACCAUUAUUUUCUUACAAGCUAACAUAUUGUUUUGUUUGAGCAAAUUAAAUAAAAAGUGCUAUACAAAACUAGAAGUUGUUUCUUUUAAAAUAAUGUUUACUGUUACAUGUUUAUGAAUUUUAUGAAUAAUAUCUAACAUCAUAACAACAUUUUAACUUGUUUAUAAAAUGUUUUGAUGACAACUCUAUGAGAGCUCCAUAAAUAACUGACUGCAUGUCCUAGAGUCUGUGACGUCCCACUCAGUAAUAUCAAUAUAUUUCUAUCUAAGUUCUGCUAGCAUUAGCAACCAGAAGCUACAGGUCAUACCCACUAUACUCACAGCCUACGGUCAUAAUAGACCAAGUGUUGCUGUAGCAUCGA